AUGACAUCCUGGUACUCCAACAUCCUCACGAGGACCACGUCGCAAAUCUCGUCGCUGCGCUCCACGCUGCUCGCGUCCGAAAACGACGGCGACACCGACGACGACACGCACGUGUGCCGCGUGCUGCGCAACUACUACGGCGACAAGGGCCGCCCGCUGCCCUCCUGGCUGCCGCCCGACCCCAAGGCCCCCCCCGCGCCCGCCGCCCAGCAGCCGCUCUACGUGCAGCCGCAGGUCGGCGCGCGCUACGGCGGCCUGCAGACCGGCGGUGCUGGUGGUGCCGGCGCGUCAGGCGGCUUCAGCAGCCUGUGGGACUCGGCGCCGCAGCAGCAGCAGCAGCAGAAGCAGGGGAGGGCGCCCGCGGCGAGGGAGGACGUGGUCGCCCGGCCGGUGGCGAGUCAGGGUGCUGCCGGUGCCGGAGGGGGAGGCGGCUCCGCGCAGGACAGGCUCAAGCAGAGGCUUUGGGGGGCGGGGAGGCAGAGUCCCGGGCAGGCGGGGGGCCAGUUUCAGCCGCCGGGUGCCAGCUACGAGGACAGGUUUGCGCCGGGGAGUUCGUACGGGGGGCAGAGUGGUGGAGGGCCCGGCGGGCAGGGAAGGGGGAGGCAGGGCUUGCCUAGUGGUCCGAGGGGGUAUAGGUGA